GGACCUCUGCUUCUUCAAUUGCUUUUACAAGUUUAAGAAAAAACCUGGGGACAUCAUGAGACCUUUGCUGAUUAAUUUGCUUUUUCAAGGUGUUCUACUCUAUGGUGCUCUCGGAUGGGAUGUGAGAAUGCCAAGAGACAUUCAUGGUCUUCGCGGUUCCUGUCUGGUGAUUCCAUGUUCUUUCAGCUACACAUUAUACCCACCUGAAAACCCACGUAGGAUUGUGUGGUAUCAGUGGGUCUCUAGAGGUUAUCCUUUAGUCUAUGAUUCAUGGUAUCCAAAUGAUGUCAUUUACAAGUUCAGAGGAAAAACAUAUUUAUAUAUAUACCCACAUGAGGAUUGCAGUCUGCGGAUUGAUAAACUAGAUCACUCUCACCAUGGAGAAAAAAUAUACGCAUGGAUUGACCCUGAAAAUGUUGGAAGUAGCACUUAUGCAUUUUAUGAUGUCACCUCUACAAUCUUUGUUGAUGAAGAUCCAGAGGACCCCAGCAUUGAAAUUCAUGGAGGUGAUAGGAUGGGUGAAUACAUCACAGUAGUAUGUUCGACCUUUCAUACGUGUCCAUACAGUGAACCAAAGAUCACUCUGAGUGGCAUAGAUGGAAAUGAAAAAAUAAAGGAUGAAGAAAUUAAAGACGGCCUGUGGAAAACCUCUCUGACGCGCAGAGGUGUUGUAAAGACAGAAAACCUCAAUUUUCAUUGUUCAGUAACACAUUAUGGGGACAGAACAGCGAGAUCUUCAAUGUACAAAAGUGCCAAAUGUGUUCAUCAAAAAAUAAUGAUUGAGCCUGCAAUUGGAGAUGUCACUGAGCAUGUCCCGCAGAUCUUCACCUGUACCGUCUACCAUUCCUGUCAGAAUGAGAAACCAACCAUCACAUGGAACUUCAGGGACAUGCAGAUCUCAGAGGGGAGAAAAACACUUUCUGGUUUAAAUCGGGCCACCUAUUCCAAAAUAACCUUUGUGGGUAAAAACAAAGACCAUGGAAACAAAUUGACUUGCAAUGCAAGGUUUUCUGGAGGAAGCACUGAAGCUUCUGUCAUUAUACGAGUACAGCGUGUUCUGCUGUUUGAUGCUUUAGGAUGGGAAGUGAAAAUCCCACAAGACAUUCACGGCCUCAAAGGUUCCUGUCUGGUGAUUCCAUGUUCUUUCAGCUACAAAUCAAACCCACCCAAAAACCCAAGUAGAGUUGUGUGGUAUCAGUGGGCUUCUAGUGGGCGUCCUUUAGUUUAUGAUUCUUUGAAUGCAAAUAACGUCAUCACGAAGUUCAGAGGAAAAACUGAUUUAUAUGGAAACUCAAACUCAGAUUGUAGUCUGCUGAUCAGAAACCUGGAACAGUCCCACCAUAAUGAGAAAUUAUACACAAGGAUUGACCCUGAAAAUACUGCGUGGACCAAAUACAAACAUGAUGAUAUCACCUCCACAAUCCUUAUUGAUGAAAGUCCACAGAAGCCCAAUAUGGAUAUUAAUGGAGGUGAAAAGGUGGGUGAUAAUAUCACAGUAAUAUGUUCAGCUUUCCACACGUGUCCACACAGCAAACCAAGUAUCACUUUAACCGGUGUUGAAGGAUCUGAUGAAAUAAAGCAUGAAUCCUUUAAAGAUGGUCAGUGGAAAAUCACUCUGACACGAAAAGCUGUUGUAAAGGCAGAAAGCUCAACCAUUGAGUGUUCAGUAUUGUAUUACGGUGGCAUAAAGGCAACAGCUACAACGACCAAAAGUGCCAAAUGUGUUUAUCAAAAAAUAACGAUUGAGCCUGCAAUAGCAGAUGUCACUGAGGGUGUUGAACAGAUCUUCAACUGUACCGUCUACCAUUCCUGCCAGAAGGAGAAUCCAACCAUCACAUGGAACUACGAGAACAUGCAGGUCUCAGAGGGGAGAAAAACACUUUCAGGUUUGAAUCGAAUCACCUAUUCCAAUAUAACCUUUCUGGCUGCUAAAGAAGACAAUGGGAAGGAGCUGACGUGCACUGUUCAAAUGUCUGGAGGGAACAGUGAAAAAUCUGUUGUUUUACGUGUACAAGGUGAGUCAUUUGUUUUUUAUACUCAGGAAAAAAGCACAAAUCUUUAACCUUUUGUACAUCAUUUACUACUAAAUGAUUCAUAUUAGUUAUGUAAAAUGACAUUGCACCAUACAAAAUUAGUUUCACUACACUAACCAUACUUUAGUUUCCUUAUGGCAUUUUAAGUGGAUUGAACAUAAAACAAUUUGAA